AUGGGUUUCGUACUGGGACAACAUGAUGACUCAGGGAAAAGGGAAAAGGAAACUUACUACCUCAGCAAGAAGUUCACAGAGUAUGAGGCAAAGUACCCUUCAAUUGAAAAAUUUUGUUGUGCAUUGAUUUGGACGGUUCGAAGGCUUAAACAAUACAUGUUGUAUCAUACGACAUGGUUAAUUUCAAAACUAGACCCAAUAAAAUACAUGAUGGAGUCACCUGCACUCUCAGGAAGAAUGGCACGAUUGCAGAUCCUACUGACUGAGUAUGACAUCGUAUAUGUGAGCCAAAAGUCAAUAAAGGGAAGCGCAAUAGCUGACUUUUUGGCAAGUCAAACAUUGGAAGAAUACGAGCCUUUGAGAUUCUAUUUCCCAGAUGAAGAGGGUAAUUCAUCAAAAGAGAAAUCAUGGAAGAUGAGCUUUGACGGUGUAUCGAAUGCAUUGGGCCAUGGGAUCGGAGCAGUCUUAGUGUCAGCUGAAGGGGACCAUCACCCGCUCAUUGCCAAAUUGAAUUUCUUCUGUACCAAUAAUAUAGCAGAGGAUGAAGCUUGUAUCACGGGAUUCCGUGCAGUUAUCAUGAGGAAAAUCAAAAUUUUAGAGGUACACGGGGACUCAACAUUAGUCAUUUAUCGAAUUCGUAGAGAUUGGGAGGUGAGAGAUCCGAAAUUAGUCAAGUAUCACGAUCUCGUUGUGAAAUUGGUCAAAGAAUUCAAAAAAGUGACUUUUAACUACUUUCCACGAAAAAAGAACCAAUUGGUUGAUGUCUUGGCCACCCUGGCUUCAAUGUUCAAAACGAAUAGAGAAACUGAAAUAAUGCCUAUCCAAAUGAGCAUAUAUGAGAACCCCGCACACUGUUUUAGCAUUGAAAAGGAGUCAGAUGGACGACCAUGGUUUCAUGAUAUCUUAGAGUACAUCAAGAAUCAAUGGUACCCCGAGCAAGCAAACGAAAAUGACAAAAGAACAAUCAGGAGAUUGGCGACUGGAUUUGUUCUUGAAGGUGAUAUUCUAUACAAAAGAGGAAAAGAUCAAGUUCUCCUAAGAUGCGUGGACGCUAUUGAAGCGAGAAAGAUACUUGAAAAGGUUCAUGAAGGAAUUUGUGGAACGAAUGCUAGUGGUUUCACUAUGGCCAGGUAG